GACAGUCUUCUUUUGAAAUACCUGACGAUGUACCUCUGCCAGCAGGCUGGGAGAUGGCGAAGACAUCUUCUGGUCAGAGAUACUUCUUAAAGGUCAAGUUUCAACCAGAACAAUAAAGGGCCUGAGACUGGAAAGUACACACAAGUCUGGCAGACUCAUCUGCAUGAGCAAGAUCAUUUCUUCUCAAGCAGGCGUCCAAAUCACAUCGAUCAGACAACAACAUGGCAGGAUCCCAGGAAGGCUAUGCUCACCCAGAUCAAUGUUACAGCCCCCACCAGUCCACCAGUGCAGCAGAAUAUGAUGAACUCGGCUUCAGGUACUCUUCCUGAUGGAUGGGAACAAGCCAUGACUCAGGAUGGAGAAAUUUACUAUAUAAACCAUAAGAACAAGACCACCUCUUGGCUAGACCCAAGGCUUGACCCUCGUUUUGGUAAAGCUUUAACUGAACAGUGGCUAUCAAGUGGAAAAGGAAUUGGACUAGAAGUUGCCAUGAACCAGAGAAUCAGUCAAAGUGCUCCAGUGAAACAGCCACCACCGCUGGCUCCCCAGAGCCCUCAGGGAGGAGUCCUGGGUGGCGGCAACUCCAACCAGCAGCAACAGAUGCGGCUGCAGCAACUGCAGAUGGAGAAAGAGAGACUGCGACUGAAGCAGCAAGAACUGCUUCGGCAGGUGAGGCCACAGGCAAUGCGGAAUAUCAAUCCCAGCACAGCAAAUUCUCCAAAAUGUCAGGAAUUAGCUCUCCGGAGCCAGUUACCAACACUGGAGCCGGAUGGUGGGACUCAGAAUCCAGUGUCUUCUCCUGGGAUGUCUCAGGAAUUGAGAACAAUGACGACCAAUAGCUCAGAUCCCUUUCUGAACAGUGGCACCUAUCACUCUCGAGAUGAGAGUACAGACAGUGGACUGAGCAUGAGCAGCUACAGUGUCCCUCGAACCCCAGAUGACUUCCUGAACAGUGUUGAUGAAAUGGAUACAGGUGAUACUAUCAACCAAAGCACUCUGCCCUCCCAGCAGAAUCGUUUUCCAGACUACCUUGAAGCCAUUCCUGGGACAAAUGUGGACCUUGGAACACUGGAGGGAGAUGGAAUGAACAUAGAAGGAGAGGAAUUGAUGCCAAGUCUGCAGGAAGCUCUGAGUUCUGACAUCCUUAAUGACAUGGAGUCCGUUUUGGCUGCCACCAAGCUAGAUAAAGAAAGCUUCCUUACAUGGUUAUAGAGCCCUCAGGUAGACUGAAUUCUAAAUCUGUGAAGGAUCUAAGGAGAUAAGACACACAUACCAGAAAUUUCCAAAUAAGCCAGUUGCAAUCUCCUGGCUAAUACAGAAAAAGAUGAACAAACGUCCAGCAGGAUUCUUUCAUCCACUGUUUGCUCUUCCUUGUCCAUUGCUGCUGUUACUAUAUUGCUGACCUCUUUCAUAGUUGGCCCUAAAGAAUCAAAAAAAACCCACAAAACUUUUUGUUUCUUUUGCUAUUAUAACUACUGUUUGUUUGGGGGCUGGGGGAAUUGAGCCUGUUUUGAUGAUGGAUGCCAUUCCUUUUGCCCAGUUAGAUGUUCACCAGUUAUUUUAACUAAAUAGACCUGGAAGUCAGAUGCUUCAUGUCACCACAUUUAGUUUGUUUAAGCAAUUAUUUCUUCAGCUGCUUUUGGCCAGUGGAAAAACAUGACUUACUGGUCUGAUAAACCAAAUAUGUUGUGUCUGAUAUUAAGUACUUAAUGAUGAUUUGGCGAGAUAGCUGAAACCAAGGCUGAAGACUGUUUUACUUUCAGUGGGUUUUGUUUUGUUUUGUUUUUUCCUCCUAGUGCUAUAUCAUUAGUCACAUAGUGACUUUGAUUUUAUUUUAGGAGCUUAUAAGGCAUGAGACAAUUUCCAUAGAAAUAUAUUAAUUAUUGCCACAUACUCUAGUAUAGGUUUUGAUGGGUUUUUAUUGUGGGUUUGUUUUGUUUUGGUUGAUUGGGUUUUUGUUUUUUUUUUCUGGAACCGAGGCAAAUGACCAUAGUAGUGAAUCUGUUUAUAGUUGUAGCUGAGAUGGUUAUUAUAGUUUCUUUGGUAAAAUCUACAUUUCCUGGUUUUUUACAUUUUUAUUUAAAUCUUGAUUAUCUGCUCUCUCCAUAUAUAUAUAUAUAUAUAUAUAUACACACACACACACACACACACACACACACACCCUGACACACUUAUAAUUUCAUAUGAUAGUGUGAUAGCAGAAUGUAUAUAUUUUUUUUAGGUUUCCCUUUCCAAUUUAUUUUAAAAUGGUAGUUUUGAAUAUAUGCAUUUAGAAUACAUGACUAAUGGUUUAUAUUUCACAGGUAGUUUAAAUCUGGCUGGGGCAGUCUACAGAUGUUUGAGGAAGUUUCAUGUUCUAGAAAGGCUGUUGUUGUGGAUAAUGCCGUAAGGAUGAUGCCCUCUGGGCACACAGUGAAUAUCAUCUGAUGAAUUUGAAAGAAGCAAACAGGAAAUGGCUCUAUUUUCCCCUUGUUACUCCCUUGAACUAAUUUUAAGUCUUGAUGGGCAAUCACUGAGUAGGUUCAUAAUGUACAUGACAGAAGUAAGUUUUAUGUGGUCAUGCACCUGCCUGUAGUUUUGGAAGUUUUACCUUCACCUUAGUUUUGGAAGUAAAUUCUAGUUAUUUUAGUUGUCAUUUGUUAAUGAUCAUUAACUACAUUAUUGCCUACAAGACUAUUCAUAUAAGACUUGCUCUUCUAUAUACUGAGAAUUGACCCUGGACAGUAUAAUGCUGUACGGUCAUGUGUUAGCUGGUAAAGUGGUCAGAUUAAUAAAUGUAUAUUGGUAGUUGACUUUAGCAAAGAAAUAGUGAUAAUCAUGAGUAUACUUUUAUUUUUACAGGAAGAGAUAUUACUAGAGUAUGUGUCUACAGGAGUAAUAAUGGUUUCCAAAGAGUAUUUUUUAAAGGAAAAAAAUGAGCAUGAAUCCACUCUUCAGUAUAAGCUAUGAAGGAAUAGUUGGGUGUGAAUUACAGUGGCACCAGCUAGCACCUCUGUGAUUAAGGGUCUUUCAGUGUUCCUAGAGUAAGCCCUUAUUUUCAAGGGUUUAUAACAGGCAUAAAAUCUCUUUUCCUGGCUAAACCUGUUCUGAAAAGCCUCAGCUUGGGAAGAUAGAUUUUUUUUUCUAAUUAACAAAAUCUAAGUAUUUUGACCCUUCAAUUUAGAGAAGUACAAAAGUUGGAAGUAAAGUUUCAUAUUAAGUAUUUUUAGUGCUCAAAAACAAUGCAAUCUCUGUGUUGUAUAUAAGGAUUAAUAGGUCAAUCACUCAUAAUAAAUGACUCUAAGGCUUUUUAUUAAGAAAACACCAGAGAGAUUAAAUCUUGAAAUAAGUCUGGGGGAAAGUGGCCACUGUGCAGAUACAUUAAUUUUUUUUUUUAGAGCAAUAAUGAAAUUCUACUUAGAAUGCAUAAUUAAGUAUAUGGAUGAUAUAGCAUGUUGGGUUUUUAAUGUGUAGAAAAUAAAGCUAUUUGGAAGGAGUGCCUACAGUUUGCCAGUAAGCGGCAAGUCAAGAUUGUAUCUUAUAUAUCAGCAGAGUAGCUCUAGGUAAGGGAGGGGCGGGGAGGGGGUUGUGAAGACUUAGUGGGACUUUGAUAGAGAACUUUAUAACCUUUUUCUUCAGUAAGGACUUUAUCUUGCAUCUUGCUGUCACUGAAGGCAGCUGUUCCUAAAAUUUCAAUCACUUAAGUACACCCACAAAAUGAGACUAUGGAGUUCUUCAUUUCCCCUCGACUUUCAUUUGCCCGGUGAUACCUCAAUGUCAUGGCAGCACUGUGGUCCGAGACAGGCACAGCGCUCUGACCUUGUCAGACCCUCUGUACUGACCUGAGUCCUUUCUCUUUCACAGCCUCAGGACGGUCUUUCUUGUUUUAUGUCCUUGUUCCUAACGUAAAAGUGUUUAACUGCUUCUUGGUUGUUAAUGGGUAGCAUUGGGAUAAGAUUUUUAACUGGGUAUUCUUGAAAUGCUUUUACAAUAAACCAGUUUUUAUAAUCUUUAAAUUUUA